CUAGCCCCAGUCUCAUCUCCAGUAUGGUUUCUGAUUUAGCGUGUAUUUAGUUGAUCAGUUGCUUCCCCGAGCAAGGAUGUCUUGCCCAGUUAUUAUUACCGAAGGCGGCACUUUUAACGAGAAAUACGAACUAAAGGAAGAAUUGGGGAAAGGAGCAUUUAGCACAGUGAGAAAAUGCUGUCACAGAGAGACCAAAAUCGAAUAUGCCGUAAAAAUUCUCGACACCAAAAACAUGACCCAACGAGAUGUUCACAAAGUCGAACGUGAGGCAAGAAUUUGCCGACAUUUAAGGCACCCGAAUGUAGUACGUCUGCACGCGAACAUUAUGUCUGAUGGAUUUUAUUUCCUCGUCUUCGAUCUCGUAACCGGUGGGGAACUUUUUGAGGAUAUAGUCGCUAGAGAAUACUACAGCGAAGCCGAUGCCAGCCAUUGCAUUCAACAAGUUCUACUAAGCGUGCAACAUUGCCACGAAAAUGGCAUAGUUCACAGGGAUCUUAAACCAGAGAAUCUUCUGCUUGCCAGCCGUGAACGCGGAGCCAUGGUGAAGUUAGCUGAUUUCGGGCUGGCGAUAGAGGUAGAUGGUGAAAGGCUAGGGUGGUAUGGCUUCGCGGGAACUCCCGGCUACCUAUCACCAGAGGUUUUAAAAAAAGACCCCUAUGGAAAGCCGGUGGAUCUCUGGGCAUGUGGAGUGAUUCUUUAUAUUCUUCUCGUUGGAUACCCUCCAUUCUGGGAUGAAGAACAGCAAAAGUUGUACUCGCAAAUUAAAGCCGGAACUUAUGAUUACCCCUCACCUGAAUGGGACACUGUGACAGCUGAUGCCAAAGACUUGAUUGACAAGAUGCUGACAGUGGAUGCUCCUAAACGUAUCACGGCCGCUGAGGCGCUCAAACAUCCAUGGAUUGUUAAUCGCGAGCGCAUCGCUUCCAAGGUCCAUCGUCAACAGACCCUAGACGGCCUUAAACGGUUCAACGCAAGGCGAAAGCUACGCGGCGCCAUUCACGCAACCAUCCUCGCUACUCACAACUUUAGUUCCGGAUCCCGACACAAGAAGAAGGGCUCCGAUGAGGACUCGAUUGCCACCAUUAUCGAGGAAGACACGGAGAGUACUAAGACUCAGCGCGAGCAGGAAAUCAUUAGGCUCACCCAACAGCUCAUCACUAGCAUCACCGCUAAGGAUUUCGACUCGUAUAGCAAGCUUGUCGACCCCAAAAUCACUGCCUUUGAGCCGGAAGCUCUGGGAAACCAAGUCGAGGGACUGGAGUUUCAUAAAUUCUACUUUGAUAAUUUGCCCAAUAAGCGCAAUACGACGGUUAAUACAACCAUCCUUGCUCCGCACGUGCAGAUGUUAGGGGAGGAGGGGGCCUGUAUAAGCUAUGUCCGGUUGACGCAGGGAAUUGGACCGGACGGAUUGCCCCGGACAACACAGUCCGAAGAGACGAGAGUUUGGCAAAAGAAGAAGGGCGUUUGGCUAAACGUGCACUUUCAUAGGUCUGUUAGCAGGCCAUGAAUUUGGACAACUGGGCAGUGAUAAAUUUUCAACAAUGAAUUGCUAACAUCCUCAAAAACAUAGGGCCCCUCCCCUACGUUGCCUGGCUACUUAGGGCCCCUCCCUUACGUUGUUUGGCAACCUAGGGGCCCCUCCCUUACGUUGUUUGGCAACCUAGGGGCCCCUCCCCUACGUUAACUGGCUACCUAGGGCCACUCCUCUACGUUUCCAGGCUAUGUAGGUCGCCUCUGUUGUCUGGUUAAAUAAGGCUCUUCUGUUGCCUGGUUAAAUAAGGCUCUUCUGUUGUCUGGUUAAAUAAGGCUCUUCUGUUGCCUGGUUAAAUAAGGCUCUUCUGUUGUCUGGUUAAAUAAGGCUCUUCUGUUGUCUGGUUAAAUAAGGCUCUUCUGUUGUCUGGUUACCUGGGGAGUUCAAUAAUGCAAUGCUUGCAACAUGUAAACAGGGGAUUAGCAAAUUAGAAUCCCUGUUUCAGCGUCUUUGGUACAUCAAGUGUUCCAAAGAGUGCAUCUUUAAAAAUUUCAGAUUAUUGAAAUUAUCUUGAAUUUUUGAAAUUUUGCAAGUAAAAUUAUGAAGUGUGUAAUUACACUGUUCAGCCCUUUUAUUCUCAAAUUCUAUCCUUUAUCUACAUUACCUUGUCAAAAGAUCAAUUCUCUUCACCUAAUGAGUUUAUAAUGCUACAUGAGUGGAGGAGAAUUCUCAUUUUAAUCUAUUGGAAUUAAAAGGAUUUAAGUUGGCAUCCUUUAUACUGAGAUGCAUGCCCAGGGAAGGAUACAGGGGGGAGGGGUGGAUAUCCUGCCCAUUUUUUUUAGCAAAAAAUAAACAAUUGAAAGGUUGAUUUGUUUGAAGAAAUUUAGGAGAAGGUACUGUCCAUGUGCCAUUGCUUGCUUGACUCUACUGGCACGACAAAUUCAAUUCAGCUUGAAGUACUGUUAGAUCUAGGUGAUCUAACAAGAACCACCUGAUCAGUUACAAGCCGCCUAUCUGGCCGUUAUCCACCCCCCAUUUUGAAAUCCUAGAUCCGCCCCUGAUGCCAUCUAGAGCAAAUAAUAAUUUACAUUAGCUUAUCAAUUUUAUCAAAUAUUCAGGAAUCAUAUGGCCUAUAUACCAUAUUAGUUAGAGUAAAUAAAUGUGAAAGGAUUAUCUUUUCAUGCUUUUUUAUUCGAAAAUUUUAAAUACUGUGUUACAAAAAAGUCAUGUAAGGGCUGUAGCAGGCCUCAAAAUUUUGGAAGGGGGAACAAACACGCCCUUCUGGUCAUUUCCUUGUGUUUUUUUUAAUUGGGGAGGGGGGGGGGGGCAUGUGCCAUAAAUGUCCCAUCCCUGCUACAGCAUUAACUUAUUGUUGAUAAUAAUUAAAUAGUUCAUUACACAUAUGUAGACUUAAAAUACAUAAAUAAACCAUGAAAGCAAUUCCA